AUGACCUCGCAUCCUGCCACGCCCUCUAGGCUGCACUUCGCCUUUGCCAUUGCCCUCGUGCAAUCCAAGCCCCCCGACCUCUCCGUCACAGAGUACAUCUCACGCCUUCGCGCGCAGUUGCUUCCGGGCAGGAAACAGCAUGAUCCGCACACUGUAGACCGCCACCUUUCCGCCGCGCGCUACUGGCAAAAGCGAUGCGCCGGGGUAGAGGCCGCGCGAGAUGAGCUUCAAGCUCGAGUCGCCGAACUCGAGAGAAAAGCCGAUUCGCUCCAGAGUCAGAACGCAGGCCCGUCGUCCGGCACGAAGCGACGCGGCGACGCAGCUGAGUCUUCAUCUAGUCGCCAGAGCAAAAAACCAAAGGCUCCCAAGAACACUUCGUCUUCUCAGCAGCCUAACCCCACUGAAGCCACCCUCCAGGAUGACUAUGAGACGUUUGGUGCCGUUGGCAUUGUGGGAUCUACGCUUGUGCAACAUCUGUACAAGGCCCAUAAGCUCAUCAAAACCGGAGUUGCUCCUGACAAGAGCAUCGAUACCUGCGCGCUGUCUCACCAUGUCGUUCAUGGCUCAUCCGCUCUAGCAUCAGUACUUGAUGCGGCGUGCAAAGAGUACCAGCAACGCAUCGGUGAAGCUCUGGCGUCCUCUAAAACGAGCAAUAAGAAGCAAAAGGCCGCCAUCUUCGGACCCGUUCUAGCAAGGCAUAACGAUAUUCUCUUCUCCACGUUCACUGCAUCCACUCGAGCGUUUGGCUCGCUAUUCUACAGCGUGGGGAAACUGAGCCAGGCCGGUGCAACAAGGGAAGAACGGGGGACGGUGAUAUACGCCCUCGUGGCAAGCUUCUCUCGAAUGCUGGACACUCUCAUGGAUGCUGCCACGACGCAAUCAGAGCAGGAAGAAUCGUCUUCUGACGAUACGACAUCCAGUGCGCGGUCCAACACGGCAAAGCAAAAGGCGGCUCGAGCAGGCCAAGCUGCACUCGAAGUCCCCAAAGAGCUAUCCCAGGUUCUCCUGGUGAUCGUGACAUCCCCAUACACAACCGACGCCCUGCACCGCGAACUAUUCGAGGGAUUCCUGUUCGUGCUCCUCGAACGCGUGGGCAAAUGGCUCUACAUCUGCACCUUCGGGCACGACCGAUGCGCCACCAUCGCAGAAGACAUACGCGCUGGCGCCGCCGCGCUCGACGCCCCGCCCACGCCGCCCGAGGCCCGCGCCAUGCGCCUCAGCCUACCGCACCUGGUCCGCCUCCUCGAGCGCGCCAUGGCCAUCGCGCCACAGCUCGUCACGCCCUCGGCAUCAACCACCGCGAAGCCCAAACCCGUCAAGCCCGCGCGCGCCAAGUCAGUAAACCCUUCGUCGUCCGCCGGCACAGCACGCGGCGCAGGCCUCUCCCUCGCGGCCAAGAACAGACUGCAGCAGACGCUGGUGAACGCGACGUUUGGCACCGCCGGCGGCGCGGACGCCGACGCCGACGACGAGCUCAUGGACUGCUUGCGCAUGCCGCGCGCGCGGGGCGCGCUGGGCAGGGAUGUGGCGGCGGCCUUGGCUGUGGUGGAGAGGGAGAAGGAGGGGGAGGGGGGCGUGGAUGUCGGGGGCUGGUUUACGGGCGAGGUGUGGCGGUUGCUGGGGUGGGAGAUUUUGGGGUGGGAGGGGGAUUGGUGA